CGAGCAAGUAGGACCAAACCUUCAGCGACACAUAGACAGGCAUAGGCUGAAGGACUAUAUGGUUGAUAGCCAGCGUAGAGAUGAGGGCACGAGGACCAAAGUUUCUGACGACAUUGAUGCUGGUGUACUUUCAGAAGAUUCUCAGGACAUUGAGCCCAUUAGCGAUAAUGGUAAGCAAACCGGUGUAGUUCUGAUUAAAUGACAGAGUCCAACAGCUCACAUCUUGUCGGCUUUUUAGAGGAACUAGAUGACCUUAAGGAGAUCGUUGCCGGCUCAAAGCUAUCUCCAUUUUUGCCGUUGUUGGAGUAUUUGUAUAAAAAAGUGCAAGGUCAAAACGCUGCGUUACCGCCUGUUCCCCACAACUUUAUCUGCCAGGAGUACAAGGAACUCUACCUAUACGCCCAUAAUACUCUAAUGUCAAGAGAUCACAACAGGAGCAGGAACCGGGCAUAUCAUGUGGAUAAAGAAGUUUUGGUGGCCUUAAGUGGAAUUGUAAACACAGUCUCGCCUUCCACGCGGGCGUUCACUUUCGCUUCGGCCCUCAAAGAUGACUCCGUGGUAGCGGCUCUAGAUGAAAAGGAUGAUGCUAUCACGGAGUUGAUGAGUGAGCUGUUGGAGACAUAUUGUCCUGGAUACAAAGAGGACUCUCUCGCACCGUUAAAUAUGUGGAGUUUGCGGACUAAGGUCUGGAGCAUGCUUGGGGGACUUGGUCCUACCUCACCCACAACCAGGGACAUGAGGCAAAGAAUGGCAGUACUGCAGAUAGUCGAUUAUAUUUGUACGCUCAUCUCUACCAAUCAGCUUUCCCCUCCAAUGACAGAACAUGUUGUCGUAUCAGUGUGGGCACACAUUCUGGCGGUGCUAUUUGGAGGACAGGUGGUGCGUGGUAUACCCGGCGAGCUUGCAUCUGCAGCAGCGAGAGAUGUUCGCCUGUAUGUAGAGAGUACACAUGGUGUGACCACAAAAUCUCUACAGGGUAGAAAGGUGGACAUCAGUGUCCGUGUCUUUGCGAACGGGCACUGGAACAAUGAGAUUUGUAUUUUUGAGUUCAAGGUCGGCACAGCAUCUGAGUCGGUUUGCGCGAAGCAGCAGCUCAAAGCAGUGCGCCUUAAUACAGCCAUUUUGCACGACUUGGAGCUCAAAGGAGUGGAUACGUGCAAACACUACCCUAUUAUUGCGGAGGGACGGGGAUUAUGCCUCAACUUCUACACGUUGAAGCGGCAUGGAAACAUUAUCGCCGCCGGCAAAUCCACCAACAACGUGGUUUGGAUCCCUGCAGACUUAGUUCAGCUGAAGCAGUUCCUCAAAUCCAACUCAAUGCAGGUUCUGCUGAAGUUCGCCGAUCACACAUCUCGAUAUGCCGUGCAUGUGCAGGAAACUUUGUCCUCCAUCCCACUCCCUCCUUUACCAACAACUCCUCCUCUCCGGUAUACGAAGCCCUUUGCUGUGUUCACCCCAUCAAAGCACAAUAAGAGGAAGCGGACUGAUGAAGCUGACGAAGAGGAAGUCGAAGAUCAAGAUGAGGAGGAAGAUUUGAUUUAUAGUCAUAUUUCAAUAUAAUGGGGUUGCAAUGUUUUAACCUAAUUGAUAUAACUUACUAUGUAAUAUGGAACUAAAGUUCAAUAGGACAAAGAGAGGGUUCUUUAUUUCUGGCUGUCCCACGGUUAGUAGUAAUUGAAAUCGUCGUGUACGCUAUAUGAGUCUAUAUCAAUGCUUCUGAAAAUUACAAAACAAAUGUAGAAUCGCUAUCAUAAAAAGCUGGCUAGAUCUGGUGUGAUUUAACAGAUUUUUGCUAGAAACGGCUGGGAGACAGGCCUGACACAUCUUCAGACGCUCCUUUGUGCCAGAAUCCGUGAACCUUUCUGGGACCAACUUCUUACGUACUGACCAUGACCUGGACAAGUCAAAAUAUAUAUGAAGAAAAUGAAGAAUAUAUAAUAAAAAAAAAGAAAGAAAUUUGGAUAGUGAUCAUAGUAAUGAUAGCAUACAUUUCUACUUACAAAUGUCG